AUGGAUUUUUAUAACAAAGCAGCUCGUGCGAUAGAUCUUUUAGAUCAGCGUCAAGGCAGCCUCAAAGGGAUCGUAUUUCGUCUUGCCGGUUCCGAUACUAAGACCAGUCAUAAUCGCCACAAGUCAUCACCCGCGGAUUCUGCCAGGCGCAUCAGUGAUGGAAAGCGAUUGUUGAGAGUGGUGGCCCAGACGUUGAGAUGCGAUUCGUAUCACAUUGAAGAAUAUAGAUCUACUUAA